AUGUGGUCAGCAUCUUCAAUUACUACAGUCACAAAUAUUGCGUGCCUUCCUUUAUCUAUGACUCCUCAAAAGAAAAAUAACUGUGGUCGAAAGAAGAUUAUAUUGACAGAAUUUGAAGAAGAUUCGAUCCGGUAUCAAUUUCAUUUACUUCUUGCUUCUAAACAAUAUCCAACAACUGCCAAGUUAUUGACCCGUCUACUCGAAGAAGGUCCUGAUUUUCCUAUUCAAUCCGAACGUACACUCCUUCGACAAAUGCGACGGUUCCGUUUUAAAUAUGCUGCCACGUCCAAAGCUUCUAUCCGUCUCGAUGCAACAAGUUUCGUCGAUUCGCGUCCAAAAUAUUUUCGAUCUAUUACCGAUCGCAGAAAUAACAAUGUUGUUUAUUAUUACCAGGAUGAAACGUGGUCAAAUUCAGGUGACGAGAGGCGCCAGGUUUGGCCAGAUGAAAAUGGAGACGGACGCCUACGCAAAACUGGUGGUAAAGGUAAAACUGUUUAUUAUUUAUUAACCACAAAAAUAAAAAAAAAUUUUUUUGAAGGAUCGCGUCUAGCAAUAAGCGCUCUAAUAAGUCCGAAUAGUUUUCAUCUUUCUACUGUUGACUUUUUUAAAUGUGAUUUGUUUCAUAACAUGUGUAGCGAUCAUUUUAUACAAUGGAUCGAAAGAACAUGA